AUGGGUCAGGGCCUGUCUGGGUUUCUCAGUUAUUUUGGUGGCGGCGUGAGCCAAGCCCCUUCCCUGGAUGAGGAUGACAAGGACAUUCCAGAAGCUUCCCGGAGAUACAAGACGUUCAGGAAGCAUCCAGAGCUGUUUGACAGUCGCAUUCUUGACAGCUGGGUAGCUCCGGAGCUGGUGGAGAUUGUCCAAGCCUGCAAAGCUGGCUUCAACUGCGAGCCGCGCGAAAUCUGCCCACACCUGCGCGAGGAGGUGGCCGGAGUCUAUUCGUUUCCCUGCUUCACCAAGGAGUUCAUCUCUUGCUUCAACGAGGAGAUUGCCAGUUUCUACGCAUCGGGCAUCCCAGCACGGCGUCCGAAUUCCAUGAAUAAUUACGGUGUUAUCGUGAAUGAGAUAGGUAUGCGACCGAUGAUCACGGAGUUCCAGCAGAAAUACAUUUGGCCAGUUGCUAAAGUGCUGUUCCCAAAGCAGGCAUCGCAGUUUGACGACCACCACUCCUUCAUUGUCAGAUAUACGGCUUCCGAAGAUUUGGGGUUGGACAUGCAUACAGACGACUCUGACGUCACCUUCAACGUGUGCUUAGGCCAUGAGUUUACGGGAGCCACGCUGACCUUUUGCGGAUAUAUGGGCGCGCCAGAUCACCGCAAGGCCUCCCACGUCUACGCUCACGAGGUGGGGCGAGCCGUCUUGCAUCUGGGCAGCCGACGGCAUGGUGCUGAUGACAUAGCUUCUGGUACUCGGAUGAACCUGAUCGUUUGGUCUCACAACAAGGCGUGGCGACGGGUGCAUCGUCUUCGCUUAAGCGAUGACUAUGAGAAAGAGGAAGGGCCUCCAGAUCCGGUCUGUCUAAGUUACACCCAUGAUCGAGACUACCUGGCCUACAAGAAGAAGCCUGUUGGCCGUGCAGCGGGGCGCAACCGCGCCUGGUGCCCACCGCCUGGCAUGGAAUAUGAGGGUUUUGGCGACAAGGAUGACGACAAAGACGAUGCCAUCCUCUAA